AUGCUCGGUCGCGCCGUCGCGUUCGGCGGGCGGCGCCUCGCGCGCCUCGCGCGCGUGCCGGCGGCGGCGGGCCGGCGCGCGUCGGGCCUCGGCCCCGGCCGGCGGCGCGCGUCGCUCGCGUCGGCCUACGCCGAGCCCGAGGUCGCCGCCGCCGCGGCGCCGCCGUCGGCGCCGGCGCCGACGACCGACGGCGGGGUGCGGCCGCCCAUCGCGCUCGACGAGGUCUACGUCUGCGACAGCGUCGGCGCCGCCGAGGCCGUGCUCGCGCGGCUCGAGGCCGCGGACCCGGCGAUCUACCACGCCGUCGACACGGAGGUCGACGACAUCGACCUGAGCCGCGAGGGCCCCGUGGGCAACGGCCGCGUGACGUGCUUCACGGUCUACAGCGGCCCCGACUUCUCCUACGACGGCGAGGCCGCGGGCAAGGCGCUCUUCGUCGACUGCGUCGACGCCGCGGUCCUCGACGUCUUCGCGCCCUGGUUCGCCGACGAGUCCCGGCGCAAGGUCUGGCACAACUACGGCUUCGACCGCCACGUCGUCGAGAACCACGGCCUCGCCUGCCGGGGCUUCGCGGGCGACACGAUGCACAUGGCGCGGCUCCACGACUCGUCGCGGCUCCGGACCCACGGCGGCGACGGCUACUCCCUCGAGGCGCUGAGCCGCGACCUGAUCUCCGCCGGCGAGGCCAAGGUGUCCAUGAAGGCGCUGUUCCCGGAGUUCUUCCGGAAGACGGCCUUCGCGGAUCGGGCCAACGGUUCGGCGUCGCGCGACGCGGCGCGGCGCGGCCUCGACAUCCUGCGCAUGCAGACCGACGACGCGACGCGCGACGCCUUCGUGUGCUACGCGGCCUACGACGCCAAGUCCACGUGGCAGGUCCACGACGCGCUCCGGCGGCGGCUCGAGCGCCAGGCGUGGGCGCCGAUGACCGACGACCCGCCGCGGUCGCCGGAGACGCCCAAGACCAUGUGGGACUUCUACGAGCGGUACUUCGUCCCCUUUGGGAAGGUCCUCACGGACAUGGAGGCCGCGGGCAUCUACGUCGACGCCGCGUCGCACCUGACGGACGUCGAAAAGGCGGCGACGGCGGACAAGGCCGCGGCGCUGAAGACGUUCCGCGACUGGGCCGUCGAGCGCAUGGGGCCCGACGGCGCGCUGCUCAACCCGGCGUCGUCGAAGCAGAUCCAGACCCUGCUCUUCGGGGGCGCGAUGAACCAGAAGACGGGCGAGUACCUCGAGACGGAGCGCGAGUUCGACGUCGACCUCCCGCCGGAGCUGCUGCCCGACGGCGACGACGGCGCGUCCGACCGCACGCGCAAGCUCCUCGUGCGCUCCGUCGGGCUGACGCCGACAAAGUACACGACGUCCGGCGCGCCGAGCUGCACCGCGGACGUGCUCCGGGAGCUCGCGGGGCGGCCGACGGACGAUCCCCCCGUCUACGGCGCGGCGCACGCGGGCUUCGGCGGCGGGCCCGCGGGCGAGGAGGCCUGCGUCGCCCUCGACGCGCUGUGCAACAUGGGCUCCAUCGACACGAUGCUCAACACGUUCAUCAACCCCCUGCGGCUCUUAGCCGACGACGAGUCGCGCGUGCACUGCUCGCUGAACCUCAACACGGAGACGGGCCGCCUUUCGUCGCGGCGGCCGAACCUGCAGAACCAGCCGGCGCUGGAGAAGGACCAGUACUUCAUCCGCAAGGCCUUCCGGGCCAAGGAGGGCUGCGCGCUCGUCGUCGCGGACUACGGGCAGCUCGAGCUCCGGCUCCUCGCGCACGUCGCCAGGUGCGAGUCGAUGCUCGUCGCGUUCCGCGAGGGCGGCUGCUUCCACAGCCGCACGGCCGUGGGCAUGUUCGACCACGUCCGCGAGGCCGUGGAGAGCGGCGCCGUGCUGUUGGAGAAGGGGUCGUCGCCCGAGGACUCCGACAAGCCGCUCGUCAAGGACGUCUACGCGUCGGAGCGGCGCCGCGCGAAGACGCUCAACUUCUCCAUCGCCUACGGCAAGACGGCCCACGGUUUAGCGAAAGACUGGGGCGUCAAGCAGGAGGAGGCCCAGGACAUGCUCCGCGCCUGGUACGACGACCGGCCCGAGGUCGAGGCGUGGCAGAAGCGGACGAUCGCCGACGCGAAGCGCACCGGCUACACGACGACGCUCAUGGGCCGGCGGCGCAACCUGCCCGACAUCCUCGAGAAGAACCGGGCCCUCCAGGGCCGGGGCGCGCGCGCGGCCAUCAACACGCCCAUCCAGGGCUCCGCGGCGGACGUCGUCAUGAUGGCCAUGCUCAAGAUCGCCGAGUCCAAAACGCUCAAGGACCUGGGCUACACGCUCCUCCUCCAGAUCCACGACGAGGUCAUCCUCGAGGGGCCCGAACAGCACAAGGAGGCGGCCCUCGCGGAGGUCACGAAGCUCAUGGAGGCGCCCUUCGACGGCAUCGGCCUCGACCCGCUCCACGUCGACCUCACCGUCGACGCGAAGACGGCCGCGACCUGGUACGAGGCGAAGUAA